AUGGCUAAAGAGCAACUUCCCGUUCUUGUGGUGGGAGCUGGUCCUGUAGGAUGUUUCAUCGCCUAUCGGCUUGGGAAGGCAGGGAUCCCAGUCCAGAUCUUUGAGAAAGAGUCCGCCCUCCCGUAUACACCAAGAGCUGUUGGCUACUAUGGCGCAACACAGGUCGUGUUCCAAGAAACUGGACUGUACGAUCUCGUUCGGGCGGAAGGAUUCAUGACUGCUGGAUUAUGCUGGCGCACACUUCCUAUCGAUGACGGCAAGGGAGGCAAGCGCUUGGGCGAUCUACUCGCUGCGCAACCACUUAGCGACCCCAGUGAUCCUGUUAAAGCCUGCCCGUCUGGCCUGCUCAACCUUCGCCAAUCUGAGCUGACAAAGCUGGUUCUGGAGGAGGCGCUGAAGACCGGCAACGUGAAGAUUCAAUUCAACAGCGAGCUAUCCAGCAUCCAACAAGGAGACGACAAAGUCACCAUCGAUUUCGAAAACAAAGAUCUCCCGGCUGUCACGGGUUCCUACAUUGUUGGCGCCGACGGUGGCAGAUCGAAAACUCGCAAACUCAUCGGAACGCCUUGCCUCGGACACACCUGGCCUGAGAGACUCAUUUCCACAGAUGUUAUCCUCGGAAACUAUGUUGAUCCAGUUUGGCACACUUGCUACAUUAUUGGCACGAAAAACUAUACCAUCAUGACUCCUCUGACCGACCCAAUUGUUGGCGAAAAGAGCCUGUGGAGGUGUACCGUUGCUGUUCCCCCAGAGGAUGAAAGAUCCGAUGAGGAGUUGCUCCAAGAGGAGGUCAUUCAGGGUUUCUACGAAAAAGUGGUCUCUGGUCCACGACCACUUCCAGCUGAGAUCAAGGCAAAGGCAGUCUAUCGCAUUCACCAACGCUUGGUCCCGACUAUGCGCAAAGGUCGAUGUGUACUGGCCGGAGACGCGGCGCACAUGAACAACCCAUAUGGCGCCAUGGGUUUGAACACUGGUCUUUUGGAUGGCGAUGCUCUCGCAGAGGCCCUGAUCAUGAUUCUUAACGAAGGCCGAUCAGACAAGAUUCUCACAAGCUACUCGGACGCCCGCAGGAAGGUCUUCCGAUACUUCGUUGACCCUACUACGACAGCCAAUAAACUCCGUCUUCACCUAGCAAGCGAAACUGCGGCAGAGGAUGAUGACUAUUUGAGAGCUUUGCAGAACCCGACCGCAGAGGAGAUGGAAAAGGGAGCUAAGCCAUACUUUGAGACUUGGAGGACCAACAUGAGAGCCGUAGCCAAGGAUGCUGGUCUAUGA